CGAGAGUUGAUGCCGGCGCGGGAUUUCAUACUUAAAGCAACAGGACUACUAUAAACCUAAAAAUCGACGCAGGGCGGAGAGGCCGCGGCGGCAGACUAGGUUUUCGGACUCCGACGCGACCGGGAAGACUCUGUCCGGGCCGAGAGACUGCGGCGGGCGGGCCGGCCUGGGGAGAGGCGCGGAAAAAUGCGGGUCCCGGAGGCACUUGUCCACCCUGCUCCAGGUUGACCCUGGGGACGCGGCGUCUGGUCCUGGUCUCCGCCCCUGCGCCACCUGAGGCUGUGCCAUGGCCCAGCAGAGAGCCCUGCCCCAGAGCAAGGAGACACUGCUGCAGUCUUACAACAAGUGGCGGAAGGAUGACAUCAAGUCCAUCAGGGACAACUUCACUGAGAUCAUCAAGACCGCCAAGAUUGAGGAUGAGACACAGGUGUCACGGGCCACUCAAGGUGAACAGGACAAUUACGAGAUGCACGUGCAGCCGCCAAUAUCGCGGGAAGAUAGACGGAGAACUUCACCUGGCCCACAUGGAAGAGGUGCUCAAAGAGCCCUAGCCACCUGAAACAGGGAGCUGGGAAAUUCUUGCACUUGAAACCACACCUCUCACAGACUCAAAGAGAAGUUUCUCUAACACCAUCCCUCAUUAGGUAUGUCUAAGGCAACAGUUUAUUGCAAAUGGCUCCUCCUCCCCCUUAAAGAAGCAGAAUGCCUAACUGGCUUUCUUGGAUCUUCACAGAACAUCUCUUACUAACAUAUGCUAUUCCAGCCCACUUACCAGGUGACUCAGAGCUAUGAACAUUGAAGAGGACCCAGAACAAGAGAAGGCUUAGCUACCAUGCCAGGUGCUUUGCCACUGGCCAUAUGAUUUAGCAGUUCCUGUGGCAAUUUGAAGCCUUUAGGAGACCUCCCAUGGGUAAAUCACAGUACAGACUCAGGAUUUUAAGCAAGCCAGUGGAUAACAUAUUUUGAGAAAUAACAAUUUACUUGCUACAGGCCCUUCUAGAGACUGAAUAUUUAAUCAUAUGUCACCAAGUUAUUGUGUGACCUGAGAUGCCCACGAGAAACUGGGUAGUGUAUGCCCCGCAGUUGAAGUUGGAUAUGCACAGCAGCACUUCAUUGAUAAAUGGAAGCAGUAUUAUUUGAGACUGGGCUUGAAUAGACCAUGAAGGUUCAAUUAAUUUGCAUGAGGAAUUGGUCCAAAUGUUCAGAGCCUCCCACUCUGGUCCCUACAUUACCUUCUCCCAGCUCGUAACUAUGGACCCAUGAAGAUUUUUCUAUGAGCAGUUGACUAUCGAAGAGCUCUGGCUCAGUUUACAGAUGACUCUCCAUGAUAGGCAGGCAUCACAGGUAGACAGCUGCAGCACUACAGCCCGUUUCUAGGACAUCCGUAAAGAAUGUGGGUGAAGGAAAGUCCUUUUAGCAGCCAGAACUUUGAACAGUAAACCUGAUUGUUCAUUUUGCCAGGAAGGGGAAAUGGCCUGAGGUAAGAGUUUGUAAUAGUUUCUAACCUGUGGCCAGUGGUUCGGCUGGUUAGGAGUGUGGAAGGAAUACAGUUUGAAAACUGGAGACAGUAAGGUCUGGGGGAGAGGUAUGUGGACCGCCCUGAAUGGGCAAAAAAGGUGGAAUGGCCUUUUGAAGACUAAAUUAUAGCAUCCGCUGUUGGCAAUACCUUGCAGGGCUAAAGCAAAGGCUUCUAGGAUUCUACAUAGUGUUUAAAUCACUGUCCAAUAUAAACUGUUUCUCCAAUAACCAGGUUUCAAGGGUGUAAGAAUCAAGGGGUGAAAAUGGAAAUAACUUUAUUACUCCCUAGUGAUUUCCUCAAUUUUUGUUCCCAAGGAGUUUGGAACUAAGACCCCUAGACAGCAGAGCCUAAGGGAGGCAUGACUGUAGCAGGAGACAAAACAAUGAAUCUGUUAAAGUUGAGAUGGCCGGCAUGGCAUGCCAUUAGCUGCCUCAUACUUCUGAUUCAAAAGUAAAGGAAUUGCUGUACUGGUUAGGGUGAUUGUUCUUGACAACCAAGGGAAAACUGGACUGCUUCGCAAGGAGGUAAGGGCUAAUAUGUCUGGAAUAUACAAGAUCCUUUAUGGUGUCUCUUGGCACCACCAUGUCUUGUGGUCAGUCAAGUGAAUACCAUACCAACUCCAUUUAGAAGGGAUUGCUAAUGGUCCAGACCUUUCAGGAACAAAAGCUCAGGUUAUCCCACAAGGCAAAGAACCACAGCCAGCUGAAUUGCUUACUCUAGGUAAAGGAAAUAUGGAAGGGGGUGUUGGUAGAAGGUGGUUAUAAAUACUGGCUAUGACCAUCUGACUAGUUGUGGAAACACAGAUCCUGAUAGUUACAAAUAUUUGUUAGGAAUGUUUGCAUAUAAAGUAACUACUUGUGUCUCAUCUCUUUACAAUGUAGUACAAAUGUUAAUACUAGUUGACCUAGUAUUUGUUAGGAUAGAAUCUAAGUAAUUGCAUAUUAAAGAAGAGUAAACUGUACUCAAGUAAACUUGCACCCUAUUGGGGAAGGGUGACUGUUUUCAGUUGUACACAGAGUUGUGUUAUGUUAGGCAGAACUAUCUAUUUGGAGAUUACGUCUUAAUGUGAUGCGUAUAGGUGCCAAGUUGAUAAUGGUAGACUGUGUAAUAAUUUUUUGAUAUGCCUAUGCGGCCAGACUACCGUCCCCAGUUCUAAAAACACUAAAGUAGGUGUUGCUUUAGAAGUAUCAUGUAAAUAUGAUUAAACUCCAUAAUCAGUUGACUUGAAGUAUAAGGGAUGUUCUCCCAGACAAGCUUGUAUGCCAGAUCCAAUCAUUUGAAAGGACUGAACAGAGCCGAGGCUUCCCUAAUGAAGAAAUUCUCUGCAGUCAGAAGUUUCAGCAGCACCUGAGUUCCUGCCUGUUCCUCCUGAAAGCCUGACCUGUCUGUGGAUUUUGGACUUGCCUUGCCAGCUCCCACAAUUGCAUAAAAUGAUUCCUUGCAAUGAAUCUCAACAUGUGUUAAUAUAUGCCUCCUGGUUCAGUUUCUCUGGUUGAACCUUCCAUGAUCCAUGCUUUUAAUAUCUGAUACCACUUCUAAGGUUAAGAAUGCCAAAAAGCAGCAGUUCCAGCCACACGGAGGGAAAUGAAAGUGACUUCUGUAAAUCUGAGCCUUCAGUGUCGGCUGUCCCAUAAUUUAUCCACUUUUGCCCUCUUCUGGUGAUACUUGGAAGUUCACAGUGAUGACAGCUCAAGAAACGCCCCUCACGAUUCUCGGGCAAUUCUGCUGAGGUCUCAUGGAAAAACAGGCAUUAUGCCAAGGGUACAAUCAGAUAAAUCACACUUUUCUCUUUUUCCAAUAUUUGGAGUUGCCUUCCUAGCUGAGAACAAAACUUUAGAUUGUGAACAUUUAUGGCAGCCAUCAGAAUGUUUGUUGCUUUAUUAAAAGUUUAAAAACAGAAAAGCAGUUUUUUGGUAGACAGGCUUACAUAUUCCUCUUGAGGUUCAAAGUCCUUUUCUCGCUACCCAUCUUUCCAUCCCACUUAUUAAAAUAUUACUUUAAAAUGCUUUAAGUGGAAGAACAAGGUUUCAUAAAAGUGCUGACUUAUGUUUUUAUGCAAUUUCCUUUCUAUACUUGAUGUAUCUUCGCCAUUUAUCAAUAAAGAUCCACUUGUUCCUAA